UCCGGCGCCGAGGCUUUUCCGGCCUAAGAAGACGCCUCAGAAGCUGGCGUCUGUUGGGGCCAAUCUGAGGAACUGACUAGCUACGACUAUGGCGUCAGGGGCGACCCGCGGGCCCCCGCGCUGGGCGCUGCUCCUCGGCGGCGCCACGCUGCUUCUGCUGCUGGUCCCGGCGGCCUCGUCGGAGCCGGUUGGAGCGGGUUGUGCUCAAAACUCAAACACUUCGUGUGAAGAGUGCCUGAAGAAUGUCUCUUGUCUGUGGUGCAACACUAACAAGGCGUGCUUGGACUACCCCGUUAGAAAGAUCUUGCCACCUGCUUCUCUCUGCGAGCUGAGUUCUGCACGCUGGGGCAUUUGCUGGGUGAACUUCAAGGCACUGAUUAUCACCAUGUCUGUGCUGGGUGGCUCCCUCAUCUUGGGCAUUGCUGUGGCCUGCUGCUGCUGCUGUAGGAGUAAGAGAAGCCGGAAGCCGGAUAAGAGUGAUGAGCGGGCCAUGAGGGAGCAAGAAGAGAGGAGGGUCCGGCAGGAGGAGAGGAGAGCAGAGAUGAAGUCAAGACAUGAUGAAAUCAGAAGGAAAUACGGUUUGUUUAAAGAGAAAAACCCAUAUGAGAAGUUUUAAACAACUAGCAUGCACUUCGGCCAGAUCAGGCAGCCCUGAAGCUUCCUGAAGGGACACAUUCCAGGCCUGGAUGAGUAAUCGGGCUAGCCAGGGAGCUGCCCCAAGGACAAUCCCUCCUUCCUGCAAGCUGUGGCCUUCUGUUCCCUGCUGUCUACUUUGUCCUCAAUCACGUGAGGCCUGGUCUCUCAGGUCUGCUAGGGGUUGACUGUCCUCUGCAGGCCAGUUCUAAGCUGAGCCUGGCACAUAUGCUGCCCGCUUCCUGUCCUCUCCACCUGUAGCACUAAGCACAGCCAGGAGCACAGGGCCUAGCUGGCCAACCACUGGCAUCUUUCCAAACACAGUGGCGUCCCCAUUCCCCUUUCUUAGAAUUUUCAUGUAAGUCAAGUGGCUUUGAAAAAAUGCAGCGCCCCAGCCCCAGAGAGAUACAGAUUUACCUCCUGACCCAAGUACAUUGUGUAGCAUUGAAGAAGAGGUCAAAUCAUCUGAAAUUGUUUUUUACAGAUCUUUAAUGUCUCCAAAACAAUUUCAGCAAAAAAAACAUUCUUUAUGUAGAAUUCUAGGCUCCUUUAGAUGGCAUCUUUAUUAGGCCAUGAAAAUCUAUUUCCCUGUGGAAAUGUGGAUUAUAGAUGUACAUCAAACCAACCCUGCCUGCCUGGGAUCUGCCCAGUGGAAGGAAGUGUUCUUCCUGGGUCUCUUGUCUCUGGGAUCCUGGAGUUGCCAGGCCUGUCCCCAAAGACCUCAGUAGCAAUAUCCUCGCUAACCUCUUGGGUUCCCCAGCAGGACCCAAGCACCUGUGGUCAUUCCACACCAUGUGUUUCCUUAAAAGUGAGAUACCUGCACAUGUGGUAGCCAGAAGCAGUGUGCUGUGGAGUGGCCUUGCCUUAAGGGACAUUGGAACAUGGUAGUCUGGGUGCCAGUCCUUCUUGGGAAAUUGGUUGGAUGAAUGGCAUUCCCUAUGACCACCUGCAUCUGCCCUGGGCACUUCUAUUCCUACCCUUGGGUGGUUACAGACUGUGGCAGUAACCCUUAGCCAGGCCUUCAGUCCUGUUCUUGAACUUGCUGGGCACUUGAUAAUACUUUAAAGUAUUGCAACACAUUCCUAAGUUUUUUAUAGUAGGCAAAAUUUCGCCUUCUCUUGUGGAAGGAACUUUCUAACAGACUAAUGAACUUUGUGUUAACACAAUAGCACCUGUGUGAAAUCACACUUUGUCUGAUUCAGGUGCCGAACCGAGAGUAGAGCUGCCUGUUAAGUAGAGUGAGUACCUUUAGUCCCGAGCCACGUGGGCACCGGGGGAUGCAGUCAGCCCUGGUCCGCCUGCCUUGUUCUGAAUUGGCAGCAGUGCAGAGCUGUGUCCUCCAGGAAACUAGCAAUCCCCAGUGCCUUACUUUGUAAUCUUUCUAAUAAAGUGGUGUCUCCUAA